AUGGCGCUGAACCACUCCGACGCAGUGCGGGCCAUCCACAUCAAUAUGUUGCUGGCCUUGCCUCCGGAUGAGCAUAAGUCGCCGGAAAAGUACGCCAGGUACCGCCGAAAUGAGUAUAGCGAACAGGGAAUCCGCAACCUGGAGCGGACACAUUGGUUUGCGACCGAAGAGACCAAGCCAGUCACACUGGGAUAUGCCUUGCAUGAUUCGCCGGUGGCUAUUCUGGCCUGGUUUGUCGGCAAGCUGAACGCAUGGACGGAUGAGUAUCCUUGGACACCCGACGAGAUCAUCCACUGGGCACUUAUUCACUAUCAAGGCAGUCCCAGUGCGGCCAUGCAGAUCUAUAAAGAGGCGUCUGCUGUGUUGAACGCGAACCCGGAUAGCAUGCUCGGCCAAUGCAUCUGUCAGCCUGUCGGCGCCUCUGUCUUUCCCAAGGAGCUGUGGAUCGCACCACGAGAUAGGGUGGAAGAAGCGUGCAACGCUCAAUUCUGGAGACAUCACAGAGGUGGUGGUCAUUUUGCUGCCUGGGAAUGUCCCCAGGCGCUGGUAAACGACGUAGCAGAAUUCUACCGAAAGGACGGACCUGUCUUUGGUAGUGGAAAGUCUCCCAUGACCUAG